CGAGGGCCGGCCGCCAGAAAUCACGAAAGGAUGACGAUUACAAAAUAGUUCGUUAGGUGCGAUCAAGUCUCUCGAUCUCCUUUCAAUCACACCACACAGCGAUAUCAACGAUAUACGAUAGCUAGAACCACAAUAGCAAUCCUUGAUAGUAGAUCCGGGAGACAGUGAGACAGCUACAUACCCGUUGUCCGGCCUGGAAGAUGGCACCGCGGCCAUCAUUACAGCUGACCGAGAAGAUAUGGGUUGGAGGGACGAUCUUCCUCAUCGCCUUCCUCGUCUACGUACCCCAAAUCUUCAUCGUAUGGCCUUGGUACGGAAGAGAGAUCAGCACGGACCUGUUGAAGCUGCUCGUCCCUUUCAACUUUCUGGCGGGGAUGCUCUUCUGGAACUAUUACCUCUGCGUGACGACCUCCCCCGGCUCCGUACCUCGAGGAUGGCAACCCCCGGACGACCCCGACGCACCCCAAGAACUGAAAGCCCGGACCGCUCAACACCGUUUCUGCAAGACCUGUCGGAUCUACAAACCGCCUCGGGCUCAUCAUUGUCGACGAUGUGGGAAAUGUGUGCUCAAGAUGGACCAUCAUUGUCCUUGGGUCGCCAACUGCGUCGGACAUCACAACCAAGGUCAUUUCAUUAGGUUCUUGAUCUACGUCGAUCUGGCGACUUCUUAUCACUUGGUGAUGAUGGGACGGAGGGUAUAUGAUAUGACCGCAUGGACUUCGCCAGAACCGUCCAACUUCCAGCUCAUCCUCGUGAUCAUCAACCUAGCCACCUGCGUACCCGUAUGGAUGAUGGUAGGCGUGUUUUCCAUCUACCACGUCUAUUGCGCAGCGGGCAACUCGACCACGAUCGAGGGGUGGGAGAAGGAUCGGGUGGCUACUAUGGUCAGGAGGGGAAAGAUUAGGGAGGUCAAAUAUCCUUAUGAUCUCGGAUUUAUCAAGAACAUACAAUCUGUCCUCGGCAACAAUCCGCUUCUAUGGCUCUGGCCGCAACAAGUCCAGAGCGACGGACUUUCCUACCCUGUCUCCAAGACGGCGCAUGUCUCGGAGCAAUUCGUCUGGCCUCCUCAGGAUCCAGAACGGUACCCGAUGCGUCGUCUGCCGUACAGCUCGUCAGCGAGCGCUUUCACUUACGGGAACGGGGAUCUCAACCCCGCCUUGAGACCGAGUUCGUCCCUGAGUACCAAUCUGAGGGCCAGGAAACAUUCGGCCGAGACGCGUGACGAUUUGCAUGGAACGUCUGCGGGUCCACUUCCUCCUCAACUGUCCGGCAGGCCGGGAGCCGGGGAAGAGUAUUCCUCAGGAGAGGAGAGGGACGAAGAGGACAAGACGUGGCGAGAUACGGACGACGAGGCCUCGACACGGAGUUCGCCCGAGCCUUAUCUCUCGGAUUAUGAUGAGGAGGACGAUGUUGACGUCGAAGGUGGUCCGGCGAGACAUCGCCGAGUGAGGGUGAGGAGGGGAAGCGAAGGGUACGAGAUUGCGCCGACGAGAAGAUGGGACGCAGAACUGGAACCACCGGCUCGACUUGAUGACAGGACGGAGAUGCAGGCGAAUGCUGUAGAAUAUCCGGACCAGACGACAUAGAUGUAUUUACCGCAUAUUAACGAUCACAUGACACCCAUGCAUAAUGA